AUGUGGGGCUUACUUUCACUAGGGGCCUUUCUGUUAUGGGUCUUCUACAAAUAUGCUACAUGGACCUUCGACAGAUUUAAAGGAACCAAUGUUCCUUACAUGAAGCCAGUGGCCCUCAUAGGCAAUUCUUUGAAAUUUUUGUUAAAACAAGAAGAUAUGAUUGAAAGUAUAGGAAAACCAUAUACAAAAUUCCCUCGGGCCAGAUUUGUAGGAAUCUUUCAAAUGCGCUUACCAUCAAUCAUGAUACGAGAUCCAGAACUCAUUCGUCAGGUGGCUGUUAAAGAUUUUGAUAGUUUCACAAAUCAUAGACCAUUUGUCGACCCUGCUCUAGAACCACUAUUCGGAAGCAGCCUUUUUCUUCUAAAAGAUCAGAAAUGGCGCGACAUGCGAUCUACCCUCAGUCCAGCUUUUACUGGGAGCAAGAUGCGACUCAUGUACGAAUUUAUUAUUGAGUGCGCAGAACAACUGACUGAUCAUUCACAUGAGGAAGUUGAGAAAAAAGGUACUUUGGAUCUAGAAGUGAAAGAUCUCGUUACAAAGUAUGCAAAUGAUGUAAUAGCUUCAUCUGCUUCAUCUGCAUUUGGAAUUAAGGUAGACACUUUAAAAAAUCCUGAUAAUAUAUUUUACAAAAUGGGAAGAAAAGUUAGCAAUUUUUCUGGAUUUUGGGUCAGCUUGAAAUUUUUUGCUUUCUUGCUGAUACCUCACAUCAUGAGGGUUCUCAGAAUAACUUUACUGGAUCAAGAUUGUGGUAAAUUCUUUCGCACUUUGGUGCACGAUACUAUGGAUGAAAGAGAAAAGAAAGGAAUUGUUCGUCCUGAUAUGAUUAAUUUGCUUAUGCAAGCCAAAAUAGGAGGUUUGAAGCAUGAAGUUGAUGUAGAUGAAUCUUCAGGUUUUGCCACUGUUACUGAAUCUUCAAUCACCAAAUCAUCUACCCAUAAAAGAGUUUGGUCAGAUGAUGAGAUUACUGGGCAAGCAAUGAUCUUCUUUUUGGCUGGUUUCGAAUCAAUUUCUACAUCAAUCUGCUUUGUUGCAUACGAAUUAGCAAUAAAUCCAGAUGUUCAAAAAACUCUGCAAGAUGAAAUAGAUGCAGUUUGCGUUGAAUUGGAACAAUCCAAUCAAAAACUAGUAGAUUAUGAAAGAUUGCAUAAGAUGAAAUACUUGGAUAUGGUCAUAUCAGGUGAAAAAGGAGAAGCUCUAAUGAUUCCAAUAUACAACAUACAUCACGAUGAACAAUAUUAUGAAAAUCCGCAUAAAUUUGAUCCAGACAGAUUCAGUGAGGAAAACAAACAAAAUAUAAAACCUUUCACAUACAUGCCUUUUGGAGUUGGACCUAGAAAUUGCAUAGGAUCAAGAUUUGCUCUUAUGGAAAUGAAAGCGUUACUCUUCAAUAUUUUAAAAGAAUUCGACAUCGUACCUUCCGAAAAAACUCAAAUUCCAUUAAAACUGUCAAGAAAUUCAAUUCAAAUGAGACCCGAGAAAGGCUUUUGGAUGAAGUUGAAGCCACGGAAAAUGAGAAAUUAGGUGCAACUGGCAUGAAAUUUAUUAUGAUAAUUAUUUUCUAUUAUAUAAAUAUUUAUAACUAAAAUAUUUUCAUUUUUAAAAUAUUUUAGUUUCUUUGAUUUCCUGCAAACUUUUAUAUGAA